AUGGGUGAUUAUAGCCUCACUCGAGCUCGCUCAGCUGUUGUACUACGCUCUCGUUCAAUCGAAAGACCGUCGACACUUCUUAUCACUCGUACGAGAUCGGUACCCGAUUUGACACGAUAUGUGAGCACGAGUUAUAAGUAUAGACCACAUUGGCCGUAUCGUUAUUACCGAGACUAUGACCUUUACGAUGACUACUGGUAUGAUCGAUACUACUACUUCAGUCCACUCUAUAAAAGCUCGCUUUUCCCUCGUAGAUAUUACUACAGCGAUUAUCUUCCGAAUCCGUAUUACUGGAGUUGGCCAUCUCAUUACUGGACCAGAUAUAAAGGAUAUUGGUAUGAUUAUGACUACCCCACUUAUUAUUAUCGCAGAUACUAUGAUCCAUCGUACGAUUCAUAUUUCCGUUCCAUCUAUACGCCAUAUCGUUACAACGCAUUUGAUUCGUGGUACACAUCGUUGAAUCGAGGUCUAUCGAUGUAUCGUCAAGGAUUGGUGCCAUAUUCGACGGUUGAUCGUUACUGGCUUACGCCUUCCUACUGGGAUCGACGUUUCAGGGACUGGCGUCAGAUGCACUCGGGUGAGACGACGAAAGAACGCGAUUAUACGCCAACCAAAGUCGCAGAAGAAAGCGGUCGACAAUAUGUGGCCAGCUGGAAAUCGUGA